CGAAAUACGAAUAUUGCAGUUUCUCCAUGGUCUCGCGCGGCGAGUAGAUAGAUAACUGCGGCGGCUUCUUUCCGGUUCGGUCUUCUUUAUAAAUCCGGCGCACCCCUCCCCUCCCCGCCACCGCCUCCGCCUCCUCCUCCUCCUUUACCCGCGCUACUCCCCUCUAAUCCCCUAAACCCUAGAGUGGAAUCCCCUCUCCUGCGCGGCGAUCGCUGCGAUCCGGUCCUACCACCCGUUCGGCGCGCCGCCGCCGUGGUAGACGACCAUGGUGACCCCUCGCGCUCCCGAGCUGCUGCAGCAGGACAAGGAUGAGGAGAUGCUGGUGCCAGACCGGGAGGUUGUCGAGGGACCUCAGCCGAUGGAAGACUCAGCAUCAACAGCUGAGAGUGAGCAGGUGCCAGAAACCUCUACGUCCAGAUUUACGUGGACUAUUAAAGAAUUUUCCAAGCUCAGGCACAGAAAGCUCUACUCCGAUGUUUUUGUGGUUGGCGGGUACAAAUGGCGGGUUUUAGUGUUUCCAGGUGGAAACAAUGUAGAGUCCCUUUCAAUGUACCUAGAUGUUGCUGAUGCAAAUGAGUUGCCUUAUGGCUGGGGUAAAGAUGCACAGUUCAGCCUUGCUGUGAUCAACCAGUUAGACUGCAAGUCCUCGUUAAGAAAAGAAGCAGCACAUCAUUUCAAUAUGCGGGAAAGUGAUUGGGGUUUCACUUCUUUUAUGCAUUUGCAAGAACUUACUGAUCCUGGUAAAGGAUAUGUUGUAAAUGAUCAAUGCAUUAUUGAGGCUGAGGUUGCUGUGCGCAAAGUUGUUGAUUACUGGAACUAUGACUCCAAAAAGGAGACUGGCUAUGUUGGCCUUAAGAAUCAAGGGGCUACGUGUUACAUGAAUUCUCUUCUUCAGACGCUUUUCCACAUUCCCUACUUUCGAAAGGCUGUGUACCAUAUGCCCACUACGGAAAAUGAUUCACCUUCUGGGAGCAUCCCUUUGGCUUUGCAAAGUCUUUUCUGCAAACUUCAGCAUGGUGACAUUAGUGUUUCUACAAAAGAGCUUACCAAAUCUUUUGGAUGGGAUAGUGUUGAUUCUUUUCUGCAGCAUGAUGUUCAAGAACUGAACCGUGUUCUCUGCGAAAAACUGGAAAAUAAAAUGAAGGGAACUACUGUGGAAGGAACAAUCCAAAAACUAUUUGAAGGUCACCAUAUGAAUUAUAUUGAGUGCAUUAAUGUUGACUACAAAUCUACAAGGAAAGAGUCAUUCUAUGAUCUUGCACUUGAUGUCAAGGGCUGUUCAGAUGUAUAUGCAUCAUUUGAUAAGUAUGUUGAAGUAGAGAGGUUGGAAGGGGAUAAUAAAUACCAGUCUGAGAAACAUGGUCUGCAGGAUGCCAAGAAAGGGAUGCUUUUCAUUGAUUUCCCUCCAGUCCUGCAACUUCAAUUAAAGCGGUUUGAAUAUGAUUUUGUGCGGGAUACCAUGGUUAAGAUAAAUGACCGUUACGAGUUCCCAUUACAAUUAGAUCUCGACAAAGAUGAUGGAAAAUACCUAUCUCCAGAAGCUGAUAGGAGCGUGCGUAACCUCUAUACUCUUCACAGUGUACUUGUUCAUAGUGGUGGAGGUCAUGGUGGACACUACUACGCCUUUAUACGCCCAGCUCUUUCAGAUACAUGGUACAAGUUCGAUGAUGAACGAGUGACAAAAGAAGACAUGAAACGGGCAUUAGAGGAGCAGUAUGGUGGUGAGGAAGAGGUAUAUCCAUGUGAAUAUUGUAACCCCAAGUUAGCCUUUAACUAUAUAAUUUUUAUUCUGAUUAAUGUCUUCUUUUCUCGGUUACAGCUCCCACAUACCAAUCCUGGAUUGAAUACCACCCCGAUUAGGUUUACCAAACACUCAAAUGCAUACAUGCUUGUGUACAUACGGGAAAGUGACAAAGAAAAAAUUAUUUGUGAUUUAGAUGAGAAAGACAUACCUGAGCACCUUAAGAUUAGGUUGAGAAAAGAAAAUGAAGAAAAGGAGUAUAAGAAAAAGGAGAAAGCAGAGGCCCACAUGUACACUGCAUUAAAGGUUGCCCGAGAUUCUGAUUUUGCAGAGCAAAUUGGGAAACAUAUAUAUUUUGAUCUUGUGGACUGUGACAAAAUUAGAAGCUUCCGAGCACCGAAAAAUUUGACAUUAAACCAGGCCAAGGAUGAGUUUUCAAAAGAAUUUGGUAUUCCUGUACAAUCCCAACGAUUUUGGUUCUGGGCUAAGCGGCUGAACAGGACAUACAGGCCUCUACGGCCAUUGACUCUCCAGGAGGAAGAAUCUAGUAUUGGACAGCUCCUAGAAUAUCCAAAUAAAUCAUUCAAUUCUGAAUUAAGACUGUUCUUGGAGGUUGCAUAUGGACAGGAAAAUCAUCCAAUUGCUCUGCCUCCAAAGAUGAAGGAUGAUAUAUUAAUAUUCUUCAAGCUCUAUGAUCCUGAAAAGGAAGAGCUAAGAUAUGUUGGACGACUUUUUGUGAAAGCAUCAGGGAAGCCAACUGAUAUAGUGCAUAAAUUGCAAGAGAUAGCAGGGUUUCAGUCGGAUGAAGACAUUGAACUGUAUGAGGAGGUAAAGUUUGACCCAAAUGUGAUGUGCGACCGGAUUGACAUGAAUGAUUCCUUCCUUUCAAGCCAGCUUGAAGAUGGUGAUAUAAUAUGCUACCAAAAACGUUAUUCUCCAGAAAAACUGGACCACUACCGCCAUGCCGACAUUCCCUCUUUCUUUGAAUAUAUCCAAAAUAGACAGGUUGUCCAUUUCAGGUUACUUGAGAAACCGAAAGAAGAUGACUUCACUUUGGAGCUUUCGAAGCGUUUCACAUAUGAUGAUGUUGUUGAGAAAGUUGCUCAUCACCUUGGGCUGGAUGAUCCUUCCAAACUUCGCCUUACACAACACCACCCUUAUACUCAGAUGCCCAAAUCUCACUACAUUAAGUAUAGAUGUCUUGAUCAUCUUUGGGACAUGCUAAGGAAUGGCAAUCAGAUAUGUGACAUAUUGUAUUAUGAGGUACUGGACAUCCCUUUGCCAUUACUGCAAGGCCUGAUAACAUUGAGAAUUGCUUUUUAUCAUGCUACAAACAAUGAGGUGUCAUCUCACUUUAUAAGAUUGCCAAAAGGUAGCACUGUCUCUAUGUUGAUUGAGCAUAUAAAAUCAAAGGUUGAGUUGUCUUAUAGUGGUGCUGAAUUCCGGAUAUUUGAGGUCUACAAUAACAAGAUAAGCAAGGUAUUUCAACCUACAGAUUCAGUUAAUGAGCAAAAUGGACUGCUAUGUGUUGAAGAGGUUCCUGAAGAAGAGAAAAAUGCUGGCACGCAAGACCGUUUGGUUCAUGUAUGUCACUUCAGGAAAGAUAAACAGUCUUUUCAGCAACUGGAUUACUACGGGGAACCCUUCUUUUUUCUUAUCCGUGAUGGUGAGGCAUUAUCAGAUAUCAAAGUGCGCAUUCAGAAGAAACUUCAGGUUUCUGAUGAGCAGAUUGCAAAGUGGAAAUUUGCUUAUAUCGCUUUCAAUCGCCUGGUCGGUGAUUACUUUCAAGAUUCAGAUAUCGUAUUGAGCCGAUUCCAGAAAGAUGUUUAUGGACCUUGGGAGCAAUGCCUAGGACUUGAGCACUCAAACGUCACUCUAAAAAGGUCAUGCUUAUCCAAUCAGAACCGCAAUUCUUUUGAUAAGGCUGUGAAGAUUCUCAACUAGAGGUGGUUAUAUUUUAUCGCAUUUACGUGAUGUAUCCAGAGCUCUCACCUGCCAAAGUUCAAGCUAAUGCGGUUACCGAGAACACCUUAAUUUAUUCGCACCCACCAGAGUUCAAUGUCUUUGUUCUUCCAGAAAUGUAGAUUCAUUAUUUUGGUCUGUACAAGGGAGGCGUUGCAUAGUGGUCUGGUGUGGUUGGUUGAAAGAGAAUUUUAAUCUGGUUGGAUGUACAGUGUUCUUUUGUGGUGGAAUUCUUCCAUGUUUCUAGCUAGAUUUUGACAGAUGUAAAUUGGGCUUGGCUGAUUAUCCCCGUGGUUGUUUUACCAUGGGUUUUGUGGGAUAACCGUUGAUGCCCACAUAAUAGAAUUGACAUUUCAGGUCUAAAUCAAAA